GCCUCGGGUGUCCCCGUGACGAGGCAGCGCGGAGCCGCCGCGGGUCCGGCCCAUCCCGCCGCAGCGGCCCGGGGGCCGAGCCGGUGAGGCGGGAAGGGAGCUGCGCCGAGUGGGGCCUGGAGCGCAGCCAGGAUGGUGCUUGAAGGAAAUCCUGAAGUGGGGUCUCCCCGAACUUCAGACCUCCAGAACCCUGAGAACAAUGGUUCUUGCAUUCUCUCUUCUCCUGGUGAAGAUGCACAGCCAGGCGAGGAGCCCAUCAAAUAUGGCGAACUCAUCGUCCUUGGAUGCUGUGAGGAAGGAGGUGAGGAAACCGAGGCUCAGAGAGGGGAAGUGACUGGCCCAAGGGCACACAGCUGCUACAAUGGGUGUCUGGCAAGUGGGGAUAAGGGCCGCCGGCGGAGCCGCCUGGCACUGAGCCGCAGGCCACAUGCCAACGGAGUGAAGCCAGACGUCAUGCACCACAUCUCCACGCCGCUCGUCUCCAAGGCCUUGAGUAACCGAGGGCAGCACAGCAUCUCGUACACACUGUCCCGGAGCCACUCGGUCAUAGUGGAGUACACGCACGACAGCGACACAGACAUGUUCCAGAUCGGCCGCUCCACUGAGAACAUGAUCGACUUUGUGGUCACAGACACGGCCCCUGGAGGAGGGGCCACCGAGGGCCCUUCCGCCCAGAGCACCAUUUCCCGCUAUGCCUGCCGCAUCCUCUGCGACCGCAGGCCACCCUAUACUGCCCGCAUCUAUGCUGCCGGCUUCGACGCCUCCAGCAACAUCUUCCUUGGAGAGCGAGCAGCCAAAUGGCGGACCCCCGAUGGCCUGAUGGAUGGCCUGACCACCAAUGGGGUCCUGGUGAUGCACCCGGCGGGCGGCUUCUCCGAGGACUCGGCGCCGGGUGUCUGGCGGGAGAUAUCAGUCUGCGGGAACGUGUACACACUGCGGGACAGCCGCUCAGCGCAGCAGCGGGGGAAGCUGGUGGAGAAUGAAUCCAACGUGUUACAAGAUGGCUCCCUCAUCGACCUGUGUGGGGCCACACUGCUGUGGCGUACUCCCGCAGGCCUGCUGCGGGCACCCACGCUGAAGCAGCUGGAGGCCCAGCGGCAGGAGGCCAACGCGGCGCGGCCCCAGUGCCCCGUGGGCCUCAGCACCCUGGCCUUCCCUAGCCCGGCCCGUGGCCGCACCGCACCUGACAAGCAGCAGCCCUGGGUCUAUGUCCGCUGCGGCCAUGUCCACGGCUACCACGGCUGGGGCUGCCGACGGGAGCGGGGUCCCCAGGAGCGUGAAUGUCCCCUCUGCCGACUCGUGGGUCCCUACGUACCCCUGUGGCUAGGCCAGGAGGCUGGUCUGUGCCUGGACCCGGGGCCUCCCAGUCACGCCUUUGCGCCCUGCGGCCACGUCUGCUCCGAGAAGACUGCCCGCUACUGGGCCCAGACCCCGCUGCCGCAUGGCACCCACGCUUUCCAUGCUGCCUGCCCCUUUUGUGGGGCCUGGCUCACCGGCGAGCAUGGCUGCGUCCGCCUCAUUUUCCAGGGGCCUCUGGACUAGGUUCCCCAGGGCCCUUGCUGCUGUGCCCACCUGCUCACCCGGUCCCCCCACUCCUGCAGCCUCCAGAGAGCUCUGCAUGUGGAACUCUGCCUGCUGGCACCUUGCCACACCAGCUGGACGCAGCGGAUGGGUGGCGGCCCUCCCCCAAGGGGGCUCCUGACAUCUUCCCAGUCAUUCGGAAGGAUCUGCAGUACCAGCCGGGCCCCCAGGCCGACGGAGGGAAGUGCAGGCCCCUGCCUUGCCCUUCCUGGGGUAUUCCCCACCAUGCCGGUUACACUGUGCCCCUGGGGGAGUGAAGGGACUGUGACCCCUGACCCCCAGCUCAUGAUGGUUGGGCCCUCAGCCUGCCAAGCCAGUAACAGAUACUCCUCCUCGCUGCUGCCCCAAGUCCCCCUAGAAGCCUCACUGCUCAGCCGUGCUCCCAAAUGCACACAUCCCCCACUGUGU